AUGGGAGCAUCAUGUGGUAGUAUGAAUUCCUCAAUAAUAAGAAGAGAUAGUGGAAAUGGAAAUAUGGGAUCUAACAUUAUUUUUGUUUAAGCCCCUUUUGAUCCAAAUUUAAAGAUAGAUGAUAUUGGAUUAAAAAAUGUGUUAACUGAUUUUGAUAAUUUAAUUGCAGCUCUAUAGCAAGUAUUAAAUAAUUAUAUAUGAUUAGUUAUAAGGAGAAGUACUCAAAAUUCCAAGUAAAAUAAAUGAAAUAUAAAUAUAAUGA